AUGUGGACAAACUUUGCCCUGUAUACACGCACUUUCGUUCCGGACAUCUUGCUGAAACGAAAAUGUACCACCGGACCCUCGGCCGUUUCCGGACAUGCAGAACCCGGAGCUUAUAAAACCUGGAAGAAGCUAACGUUUCUGGUCGCUUUACCGGGCAUCGGACUGUGUGCCCUGAAUACUUUUUUGGCGCACCGAGCGGAACAUGAACACCGCACCAGACCAAAGUUUGUUCCGUACGAAUAUCUUUGCAUACGCACCAAACGCUUUCCGUGGGGCGAUGGUGUAAAAACACUAUUUCACAAUCCGGAAUUGAACGCAUUGCCUACUGGAUAUGAAAAAUAGUUUGCACAUAAAU